GCCGCAGCGGCCACGGAAGUGUUGAUGUUCCGCCAAAGUUAAUGUGCCGUCAGUUGUUUUGCAAACGUUCGCAACGUCACUACACUCGGAAUCGGCAGUCUAGGUCGAACACACUUAUAAGUAAUUGUUUUCAUUUACAGUUGGAAUACAUUCAUAAAAAUAAACCAAUUUUAAAGGAAAAAAUAAAAUUGAAACCAAAAUUUGAUAAGCUUAAGCUAAUCCGUCGGCUACGUAAUUAAUAUGGACGGCGCAAAGCGCACACAGAAACAACGCGAAUCGGUAAAGUAAUAAAACAAAAAAAAAAAGCAUUGCAACCGGGCAAGGAAAAUCAAUUGAUUGCGAUGUUAGCCGGUGGCAGCGCAGAAAUAGGAGUUUGUAGAGCAACUACAGCUGCACCAGCGUUAAAGGGACAACAGCAGGCUGGAGCAACGCCCAAACAAAUACUAAAAGGUAAAACCAGCCAAAUGGCAUGUGGUAGUGGCGGCGCAUCCGCUAAGACGGCAACCAUAAUGAUGGCCAAGACCGGUGUUGACAGAGGAGGGAGUCGCAGUGUUAUGGCCGGGGGAAAAGGUUUAUCUGUCGUUGCCAACAAGCAAGAAAAUGUGGGUGGUUUUGUCAAUGGAAUCGAGACAUAUCUUGGCCUAAUCGGCUGGCGUAAAAAGUGUCUAUAUACCUUACUCCUACUUCUAAUGCUUCUAAUUAUCACAAACCUGGUGCUGACCCUAUGGAUACUCAAGGUGAUGGAGUUUUCAACAAAUGGCAUGGGUCAACUUAAAAUUGUUCCCGGGGGCAUCCAGCUCUCAGGCCAAGCGGUAAUUAUGGACAUGCUGCGGGCAUCCACUAUACGCUCUAGGCACGGACAGCCAAUAUCCAUUGAAUCCUCACGUAAUUUUUCAAUCAAUACACGUGACUCAAACGGUGUGCUCGAGAAUCAUUUAUUCUUAGGGCACGAUAAGUUUGAAUGUCUGUCAGCGGGAUUUCGCAUCAACGACACCACCGGACGAAAUUUAUUUUCCGUAAAUCGAAAUGAAGUCACAAUUGGGGCGCAUACGUUGCGCAUCGAGGGCGAGGGUGGCGCCAUCUUUCGGGAGUCCAUACAAACGCCGCACGUGCGUGCUGAGCCGGGCAGAGAGCUCAGACUAGAGUCGCCUACACGUCAAUUAGAGAUAACUGCCGCAAAAGAUAUUAAUUUACAAUCACGAGCCGGCGGCAUUGAACUGUUAGCUUUGGACGACGUCAAGUUGCGUGCACUCGAUGGCAGCGUACGGUUGGAGUCCUCGAAAAUAGUUAUGCCGAAUUUGCGCACUGCACAGCCACCCAUACUUGACUCUGCCCAGAGUCGAGAUCACAUGCAUCGAGUCUUCCAGCUGUGUGCCUGCUUUAACGGGAAGCUGUUUCUGGCAGCGCCCCAUUCGAUAUGUGCCGGUGACGAUUCAACGGUCUGCAGAUGAUUAGCUUAGGUGGAAGUGCAUUCAUAAAAAAUGGGAAAAGUCAGUGGAAAUUGAAUAGAUAUGUUUUUCUCAAAAAUUUAAGACAAGUGUCAUAAAAUGAAAAACAUUCAAAAUUACAUA